CCUACAGCCAGCUUGCCAUAACUCCCUGAGAUCUCCCAGGUGGUGGCAGCUUCCUCUGACAGACUCCUCCACCAUGACCAACCUGAGCUCCCAAGUCAAAAGCUCCCUCAACAUCACCACCCCGGGCGUGCAGAUAUGGAGGAUCGAGGCCAUGCAGAUGGUGCCCGUUCCCUCUAACACCUUUGGGACCUUCUUCAAUGGUGACUGCUACGUGGUCCUGGCUAUCCACAAGACCGCCAACAACCUGACCUAUGACAUUCACUACUGGAUCGGCCAGGACUCGUCCCAGGAUGAGCAGGGAGCAGCUGCCAUCUACACCACCCAGAUGGAUGACUUCCUGAAGGGCCGGGCUGUCCAGCACCGGGAGGUCCAGGGCAAUGAGAGCGAGGCCUUCCGUGGCUACUUCAAGAAGGGCCUUGUGAUCCAGAGGGGGGGUGUGGCUUCCGGCCUGAAGAACGUGGAGACCAACUCCUACAAUGUCCAGCGGCUGCUGCACGUCAAGGGCAAGAGGAACGUGGUGGCCGGCGAGGUGGAUAUGUCCUGGAAGAGCUUCAACCGAGGAGACGUUUUCCUCCUGGACCUCGGCAAGCUCAUCAUCCAGUGGAAUGGUCCAGAGAGUAACCACAUGGAGAGACUCAGGGGCAUGACCCUGGCCAAGGAGAUCCGAGACCAGGAGCGGGGCGGGCGCACCUAUGUGGGCGUGGUGGAGGGGGAGAACGAGGCGGCCAGCCCAAAGCUGAUGGAAGUGAUGAACUACGUGCUUGGCCAGCGCAUGGAGCUGAAGGCAGCCAUCCCCGACUCAGUGGUGGAGCCGGCACUCAAGGCUGCCCUCAAGUUGUACCAUGUGUCUGACUCAGGGGGAAAGAUGGUGGUUAGCGAAGUUGCCACGCAGCCACUCACCCAGGACCUGCUCAGCCAUGAGGACUGUUACAUCCUGGACCAGGGGGGUCAGAAGAUCUUUGUAUGGAAGGGGAAGAAUGCCAAUGCCCAAGAAAAGAAGGAAGCCAUGAACCAGGCCUUGAAUUUCAUCAAAGCCAAGCAGUACCCCAUAAGCACGCAGGUGGAGGUGCAGAAUGACGGGGCCGAGUCAGCUGUCUUCCAGCAGCUCUUUCAGAAGUGGACAGUGCCCAACCGGACCUCAGGCCUGGGCAAAACCCACACUGUGGGCUCCGUUGCCAAGGUGGAGCAGGUGAAGUUUGAUGUCGCAUCCAUGCACGUGCAGCCCCAGGUGGCUGCCCAGCAGAAGAUGGUGGACGACGGGAGCGGAGAGGUGCAGGUGUGGCGCAUUGAGAACCUAGAGCUGGUGCCCGUGGAGUCCAAGUGGCUAGGCCACUUCUACGGAGGUGACUGCUACCUGCUGCUCUAUACCUACCUCAUCGGCGAGAAGCAGCAUUACCUGCUGUACAUCUGGCAGGGCAGCCAGGCCAGCCAGGAUGAAAUUGCCGCCUCAGCCUACCAGGCUGUUAUCCUGGACCAAAAGUACAAUGAUGAACCGGUCCAAGUCCGCGUCCCCAUGGGCAAGGAGCCGCCCCACCUCAUGUCCAUCUUCAAGGGACGCAUGGUGGUGUACCAGGGAGGCUCCUCCCGAGCUAACAGCUCAGAGCCUGCGCCCUCCACGAGGCUGUUCCAGGUCCGGGGAACCAAUGCCAACAACACCAAGGCCUUUGAGGUCCUGGCCCGGGCCACCUCUCUCAACUCCAAUGACAUCUUCGUUCUCAAGACCCCGUCCUGCUGCUACCUGUGGUGCGGGAAGGGCUGUAGCGGGGAUGAGCGGGAGAUGGCCAAAAUGGUUGCUGACACCAUCUCCCCAACGGAGAAGCAAGUGGUGGUAGAAGGGCAGGAGCCAGCCAACUUCUGGAUGGCGCUGGGCGGGAAGGCCCCCUACGCCAGCACCAAGAGGCUGCAGGAGGAAAACUCGGUCAUCUCCCCCCGGCUCUUCGAAUGCUCCAACCAGACUGGGCGCUUCCUGGCCACAGAGAUCCCCGACUUCAAUCAGGAUGACUUGGAGGAGGAUGACGUGUUCCUGCUGGAUGCGUGGGAUCAGGUCUUCUUCUGGAUGGGGAAGAAUUCCAAUGAGGAGGAGAAGAGGGCUGCGGCUACCACCGUGCAGGAGUACCUUAAGAUGCACCCCAGCGGCCGAGACCUUGACACCCCCAUCAUCGUGGUGAAGCAAGGACACGAGCCCCCCACCUUCACGGGCUGGUUCCUGGCUUGGGACCCCUUCAAGUGGAGUAACUCCAAAUCCUACGAGGACCUGAAGAUGGAGCUUGGGAACCCGGAGGACUGGAGCCAGAUCACUGCCGAGAUCACAAACCCCAAAGUGGACAUGUUCACCGUCCAUACCAACUUAACUUCUGGGCCUCUGCCUAUCUUCCCCCUGGAGCAGCUAGUGAACAAGCCGGUGGAUGAGCUCCCCGAGGGCGUGGACCCCAGCAGGAAGGAGGAGCACCUGUCUGUUGAAGAUUUCACUAAGGCUCUGGGAAUGACUCCAGCGGCCUUCUCUGCCCUGCCCCGAUGGAAACAACAAAACCUCAAGAAAGAAAAGGGACUAUUUUAAGAAGCAAGAGUAGUUGUGGUUGUAAGGCAGCACCCUACCCUGCUUUGGAGGCUCUGUCAUUAUUACUGGUUUUAGUCCCACGCCAACUUUAGAGAACAUACCCAGCUGCCCCCGUGAGGAGGCAGCGUGUGGCAAUGCCACUUUUGUUUAGUAAUCUACCCACUCCCUCAGAAAGAUGCCGCCUCCCCGAGGAGCCUGCGACCUGAAGAAGGCCAGACUGUUUUUCUCCUGGACAUCACAUCAUUUCUAACCAUCCUGUUCUAGAGCUUUCCCUCCUUAGAGGGGCAGCCCAACACUCCCACAUUAAGAGUUGUGAGGCACUGCCCAGUUUUUUUUUUUUUUUUUUUUAAUCUACAGCAGGUGGGCCGAAGCACUGUGCAGUUUUACAUCUUUCCCACUGUAAUGGCCUCUGCAUUUCACAUGUGCUUUCCUCACUACCUUACUCAGGUGCUAAGUUAAAGAGGACCCCUUCUUUGGAGUGCUGAGUGGCCUAGGAGAUUGCCUUCCUGGGUUACACAACACUCACUAAAUAGUACUUAGUGAGAACAGCACAUCCACUGGUUCUAGGCCUGAGGCCUAAAGCAAAGCAUGACAUGAAAUGCUAAUGGCUUCUCACCCGGUGCCUCCCUCUAAUGAGGCAGUUACCCAGAAGCCUCUGCAAAGCUUCACAGGCUCCUCGGAAGAAAACCAUAGGAACUCAGUGGUUACGACCGCCUAACAUCAGGCUUGCUGCAUGGGAGUCCAGGCAGGCAGCCAACGAAGGUGACGUCCACUUCACACUGGCGUUAACGGUGUCUGCAAGAGUGUGUCCUUUUUAAAAGUAACAGUCAAACCAACAGCAGGUUAAUAAAGGCUUUAAUUUUACACACCAAAAAA